CCUGAAGGCAACACAACGUGAACAACGUAAACUUUGUAGAAAAGUUCUCGCUGGUUUAACGGUAAAUAUCAGAGUCUACACUGUUGCUAAAGACGGCGCCCUUAGCAACGCUGGAUAACCGCUGCGUCAACUUCGCACUUUAAUCGUAAGCUGAUUAAUUCAGUUUUUUUAUUGCCUCCUGAAUCAGUUUACUCACUUUUCUUCGGGGGUCUAAAUGGCUCCGUAUCCUCUGCCUGGAAGCGGGCAGUAGCUGGGCUCGGUUGCACCCGCCGCCGCCGCCGCCGCCGCCAUCGCCGCCAUGGGGACGCGGUUGUCUCGUAGCGGCAGUAGCCUGUCGCUUCUCCCGGAGAGGCAGACCCCAGAGCGGCGGGGAGACGGCAGAGACUCCGAUAACGAGUCCCUGGACGGGCUCGGCCGGCGGGAGGACAUAGCUCAGUUCCCCUACGUGGAGUUCACGGGCCGGGACAGCAUAACUUGCCCGACAUGCCAGGGCACCGGGCGGAUACCUUCAGGCCAAGUGAACGAACUGGUUGCGUUGAUCCCGUACAGUGACCAAAGGCUUCAGCCCCAAAGGACGAAGCUGUAUGUGGUGCUGUCGAUCGUGGUGUGCCUGCUGGCCUCCUCGCUCGUCGCCUUCUUCCUCUUCCCUCGCUCCGUGGUCGUGGUGGAUGCUGGGAUACGCUCGGUGACCGUGCAUUUCGACCACUCCAAGAUGAACGUCCUGAUGAACAUGACGGGAACGCUCAACUUCAGCAACCCCAACUUCUUCUCGGUGCUGGUGCAGAGCGUCACCUGCCAGGUCCUUUACAUGAAGACGGUGGUCGGCACCGGGCAGAUGGACAACGCCACCAGCAUCCUGCCGCUGAGCCAGAGUCAGGUGAACUACACCGUGAGCCUGGAGAUCGGCAGCAGCGCCCCCUACGUCUACGCCUUCUGCACGAUGCCCAGCAUCAAGGUCCACAACAUCGUCAUCUUUAUGCAAACCUCAGUGAAAACCUCGUAUAUGGUGCGAUCAUCUCAGAACAGCCUGGAGUCCUACCGCUACAUCGACUGCGGCGCCAACACCACCUACCACCAGGGGGCGGGCCUCCAGUACGACGCGCUCGCCUCCGCCCGCCCGGGGUCCCACAGCGCCCCCCUGCUCUGAGGACGGACCCUCGCUCUCACUACUGCAGACACCGACUUUAACUCCUCCUUUAUUUAUUCCUCCGAGCUCACACUGGAGAGUUCACACUGACUGGUCGUCACAAUCAGGGACGGGACGUUGGAGCCGCUCAGAGGUCACAGAUAAGAGCUUUGCUGUGGUCGAGUCAGCGUCAACGUCUUUCUUUAAGGAAGGAAAGAAAGUCUGCAGAGCUCAGCCUGUUCUGCUGCGACGCCGGCGGUUUAGAAAAACUCCUCAGCAAAGCGUGAACGAACGUGUUGUUUCUGCUGUGGACGCAGCCUCAGGAGGCGUCUUUUUGCUUUUGCACAUUUUUUUUUUUUUUUUUUUUGCUUCGUUUGUUCUGAUGUUGAGUGACAUUUAACAAAAAAUCAUAGAUGUUUUUAAAUGAACUGAUUUAAUAAGUUAUUAUUUCCUGGUACCUCCAGCUCCAGCUCCAGCACGCGUACACAAGACUUUAGAUUUUUAGACCGAGGAGAGAGGAGCGAUGUUCUCUAGUUAAAGCUCAACACUAACCACGAGAGGAAGCUCAGGUUUUAAAUAUAUACGUACGAGUUGAGCGUGGUUCCUCAGAGUUCUCUGAGCGCUUCGCUUUAUCUAACCAAAGACGGACGUCGGUGUGCGUGUUCUUAAUGAUUCUAACAGCAGGCUGCUUUCUCCGUCCGCCUCCUCCGAGCCUCAGUGUCAGAGAGGAAACUACGACGGAGAAAAAUCAGCACGAUUCCAAUUUUAAAGGGACAAAAAAAAAAACAAAAAAAAAAAUUUUAUACAAGGGUUUUUUUUAAAUUUUCAAAUUCUUGACAAGACAUUAAAGGGAAUUAUGAAUAAAUAAAAUUAAUAAUUAACAACAGUACUUGUUUGUUUUUCUUCUUCACCUGUUUGGAUUCAGGUAAAGAUUCGCUGCUCGUCACCGUGAGAGGAACGUGUUUAUGUUUCACUGUGAGAAAAGAGAAACCAGACGAUUAAUUAAUUAAUUCUUAAUUGGCCGUAGGUGUGUGUGUGUCUCUGUGUGUUAGUCCACCUCCACCUCCACCUCCACCAUCAGACCAGCAGAUAAAUCACCACAGACACAGCAACACUUCAUGUACCACAUCAUUUCAGUUUAAUUCUUCAUGUAGUUUUUUGUUUUUUUUUUUGCAUACAAAAUAGCAUAAUAUCCUUUUACAGACAUGUCUCAUACGUUGUCCUAUAGCUGCAUGUGAAAAUAUAUUACUACAUAAUAUAGAGAUCAACCAGGAAACAGACCACAAUAUAUUAUCGCUGCAAUACAAGUAGUGUCUUUUUUUUUUUCUCUUUUCUUUCUACCGAACAUGGCCACACAAUAGAUGAAUGCAUAGUAAAAAAAAAAAAAGCAAUAAGUACAAAAAUAGAGCCGAUAAGAAGCUUAUUAAUAGCGAGUGCUUGGUCUUUGGUUACCGCCUGCGUGCUGCUGUACGUCCUUCUCAUCCAACUUGUCCCCGUUUCACCUGCCAAUCUUUUACAAAACGGACGUGACGAAAACUUCUUUUUAUUUUUGUUUUAAUCCCCCCCCCCCCUCAACCUAAACACCCUCUACACACACACACAUACGCACACACAUACGCACACACAUUCGUUUAAAGGUUAAAAUAAACCUGACAUUCCUGUUUCCUUUCGUUACGUCGCUCUCGCUCGGUUUAAAAGUGUGUG